UCCCCUGCAGCGUCCCCAGCCAUCUCCUCCGGCCGAUGCCGGCAUCCAGCUUCCGUGUUCCGAUCCCUGCGAACGUCAGGACGUACAGGACGUAAGAGGGCCGGCAGCAAAUUUUUACAUUUUCGAAACUGUCAUUUUCUAAUAAAUGAUGUUUCAAAGCAUUUCACAUACAUUUUGUCCCUACUGCUUUGUCCUGUGCCCUGCCUGCCUUUUCACUGUUCUUUCUGUCUGGAAAUUUAGAAAUGUCCAUGGCGUCCAAAAAGCAUAGCUUUAGGUCAAAAGCGGUUUUUAGACCAGCUACAGAACAGCGAUAGUAAAUCAGAACCACUUGCAGAAUUGA